CCUGGCAUGGCGAACACAGUCCUUGUGGAGGAUUUAAAGUCUUGGGCCACCAAGGGAGUGUGCAUUAGGGUCAAAACUGAGGGUUCCAGACUCGGGUUUCCCAGAUAAUCAUUGGGGACCAUUUGGAGAGAAGGACUGAUAGAGGGAGAGGAGAAUCUGAGCUGUUAAUGAGCCAUCAGCAUUUUAAUCGAUGCAUAAGAGGAAGAGAAAAGAAGCAAAGUCAAAAAGCACAACCAUUUAGGAAACACAUUUGAACGCACUUUUGGGGAAGGAUUCUCCACAAACAGAAGAACAGAUCGUUGUUCUAUGCAGGAGUCACCGAGAGCUGCAAAGGCUCGCAGCUAGGGCUGCAUCCGCCUGCGAAAGGGAGGGUCAUGCUCCAGGGCUCUGACCGCUAGGUGGUGCUUGAGGUCCGCGCCUGGGAAAAAGCAAAGCGAAGGGGUCCCCAGGGAGCCCGACACGGAGGCGGGGCUGCGAGGCUGUACAAAGGCCGGGGAGCGGCAGCCCGGCUCAGGGCGCCGGUGCGCUGUCUGAGGAGUCCCGUCCUGGGGUGAUGGCAGUUCGGCUCCCGGCAGCCGUCCCAGCCUGUGGAUGCCAGUGUCCCGAGCGAAGGGCCCACGGGCUGCUGAGCAGGAGAAGAGGAGCGGGGUAGAGCGCUGUAAACUUGGUGCCAAGAAGAGGAGCAAUGAAUUCCUCAUUUCACCUGUAUUUCUUAGCUCUCAACCUGAAUGCCACAGAGGGCAACCUUUCAGGACCGAACGUCAAGAACAAGUCUUCGCCGUGUGAGGACAUGGGCAUCGCCGUGGAGGUGUUUCUGACUUUGGGUCUCAUCAGCCUCUUGGAGAACAUCUUGGUCAUAGGCGCCAUAAUAAAGAACAAGAACUUGCACUCUCCCAUGUAUUUCUUUGUGUGCAGUUUAGCUGUAGCUGACAUGAUGGUGAGCAUGUCCAACACCUGGGAGACCAUCACCAUAUACUUAAUACAUAAUAAGCACCUGGUGAUAGCGGACGCCUUCGUGCGUAAUAUUGACAAUGUGUUUGACUCCAUGAUCUGCAUCUCGGUGGUGGCUUCCAUGUGCAGCUUGCUGGCCAUUGCGGUGGAUAGGUACGUCACUAUCUUCUAUGCCCUGCGCUACCACCACAUCAUGACAGUGAAGCGUUGCGGGGCGAUCAUUGCGAGCAUCUGGGUCUUUUGCACAGGCUGUGGCAUUGUUUUCAUCAUUUACUACGAGUCCACUUACGUCAUCAUUUGCCUCAUCUCCAUGUUCUUCACCAUGUUGUUCCUCAUGGUGUCUCUGUACAUACACAUGUUUCUCCUGGCACGGACGCAUGUCAAGCAGAUAGCAGCUCUGCCUGGAUACAGUUCCGUGCGGCAGAGGACCAGCAUGAAAGGCGCCGUCACCCUGACCAUGUUGCUAGGCGUGUUCAUUGUGUGCUGGGCCCCGUUCUUCCUCCAUCUCAUUCUGAUGAUCUCUUGCCCUCAGAAUCUCUACUGUUCCUGCUUUAUGUCUCACUUCAACAUGUACCUCAUACUCAUCAUGUGCAAUUCUGUGAUCGAUCCUCUGAUAUACGCCUUUCGCAGCCAAGAGAUGCGGAAGACCUUUAAGGAGAUUAUUUGUUGCCAUGGCUUCAGGAUACCCUGUAGGUUCCCUAGCAGCUAUUAAAAGUGCCCUCUGCAGCUUUCUUUUCUCCUUCCUUCACUUUAUAAUGAAGUCAGUUAGGGGUAAUCAAGAUAACUCAAAAUCAAAACUGUGCAUUCCGUUUAUCUUUUCUCUCGCUCUUGAAUUAGUACUUAAGAUGCACUCUCCCCCUCCCCCCCCUUUUUUCCUGUGGUGGUGGUUGGGCAGAUGUGCACAUGCAACUUAUCCAUUUUGGAAAUGGUCUGUGACAAUUUAUUAUUGGCUCAUUUUCCUACUACUUUUUCUCCUACUCCCACCCAUUGCUGGGGGCCCCAUCCAUCUUCCAUCUAGUGUGUGCUCAGGGUCUACACAGGAUGAAGAGCUGACCGUAAUGGAAGAAAACUUGUGAAUAUUUACAUCAUGUGAUUGCUUUCUCUCCCCAGAAACUGUUUUGUAACUUCCCUGAUAUCCCUGGGACUUAUCUACGCUUUCCAGGGUAAAAUAGAGUGGUCAAGUUCUUUCCAUUUGAAAGUUCCUGUUUAUUUGCUAUGGGAGCUAUAGAGGCUCUUCUUUCUUGAACUUUUGGUUUAAUGGCUUGUGUUCAUAAUUGUCCAAGGAUGGAAUUUCCUUAAUUCUACUUCUGUCAAUCAUGUUUUUGCUUCUCCCAAGAUAUAAAACUUUAUGCUAUAAACCU